AUGCUAAAAUCUUGGCAAAAAAUCUGCAUUUCCCUCGAAUUCCUCAAUUUCAUAACUUUUAGGUUCCCUGAUACAUCGGUUUUCUUCGCGCAACUGGUUUUGUCCUCAUGUGAAGCGCAAUCCAGUUUGAAACUGGUGGUACGGUCAUUAGACAAAACGCCACAUAUAUUGAUAUGGUUAUUGGAUUCGUAUGUGGUAGCUGCCACGGGUGAACUUCAGGAAGACGAAGGGGAGCAAAAUAGAAGUGAGAUUCGUCCAUUCCCAGCUGUAAAGAUGCUCUACAAAGUCUUUGAUGCGCAUACAGCAGCCACAGAUCCCCGAGCUAAUGGUGAAGAUGCCAGCGUUGGACUUAUAGAUGUACCGUUUGGAUGCUGCAUGCAACUAAUUGAA